AUGGCAGUAUCAACACGGAGCCUAAGGCACUUGUCGUCUGUGCGAGCGAAAAUUUCACCCCCCUCGUCGGUCCUCCCUAACGCCUAUCGCACCUACGCUACAACGGAUGCUUCUUCCGCCACCAACACACCCGAGGGAACUACCCGGCGGCGCACGACAACCUUCAAGGACAAGCUGAAUGCUGGUCCUUCGUUCUCCGAUUUCGUCUCCGGAGACAAAGACGAGCCUCUCGACGCUUCCGAGGCAUAUGCUCUCAAGACCGCCAUGGUCGGACCGGCCGGCCGCAAGAAGGAAAUGACCCGUUUGCCCUCGUGGCUGAAGACGCCUAUCCCGGACUCGAAGAAUUACCAGCGAUUGAAGAAGGAUCUGCGUGGAUUGAACCUGCACACUGUUUGUGAGGAGGCUCGUUGUCCUAAUAUCUCCGACUGCUGGGGCGGUAGUGAUAAAUCUGCUGCGACGGCUACGAUCAUGCUCAUGGGUGACACUUGCACGCGUGGUUGCCGCUUCUGUAGUGUUAAGACUAAUCGGGCUCCGGCUCCGCUGGACCCGCAUGAGCCUGAGAAUACUGCGGAGGCAAUCUCGCGCUGGGGACUUGGAUAUGUUGUGUUGACGAGCGUGGACCGAGAUGACCUGGCAGACGGUGGAGCGCGCCAUUUCGCCGAGACGGUUAUCAAGAUCAAGCAGAAGGCGCCCAACAUUCUGGUCGAGUGCUUGACGGGUGAUUACUGGGGUAACUUGGAUAUGGUCGCAUUGGUGGCCAAGUCUGGCCUGGAUGUCUAUGCUCACAACGUCGAGACCGUUGAGGCUCUUACGCCACAUGUCCGUGAUCGUCGCGCUACUUUCCAGCAGUCGCUCCGCGUUCUCGAUGCUGCCAAGAAGGCUCGCCCCGACCUUAUCACCAAGACUUCCCUCAUGCUCGGCUUCGGCGAGACUGACGAGCAGCUAGAGGAUGCCCUUCGUCAGCUUCGCUCGGUUAAUGUCGACGUUGUUACUUUCGGCCAGUACAUGCGCCCUAGCAAGCGCCACAUGGCUGUCCAUGAGUACGUUACGCCCGACCGCUUCGAAUUCUGGCGCAAGCGUGCUCUUGAAAUGGGCUUCUUGUACUGUGCCUCCGGUCCCCUGGUCCGCAGCAGUUACAAGGCCGGUGAGGCGUUCAUUGAGAAUGUUCUGAAGAAGCGGCGUUCUGGAGCUGGUGCCGCGGAGGCUACCGUUGGUCAGACCGUCGCUGCAGCGGAUGAGGUUGCCAGGUAA